GCGUCUGUUUUAAUAGCACGUGCGAGUGAUAAGCAUGCCACUGGUACACCCUCAUAUAAGUGCUUAAACGUAAUAGUUUUCGGUUGUAUCUAUCAGCUGUCCUGAACUUUCAUGUUUCUGUGCUGGAUAUAGUCUUGCCGUUUAUAAACAGCUUGUUCGUUUUUGCAGUAAGAUGAGCACACAUUUGCAUCACAACCAGUAUCGAAAGCUACAGCAAUAGACAAGGAGUCGGUAUGCCCACCCAUGUCAGUCACAUUGCCUAUCUUCUCCCUUCCCUGCAAGACAAAUAAAGAUUGUGACAUCGUGGGACAACUCUGCUGUAACGUUAAUGGAAAGAUGCGUUGCCAGAAAGGUGUACCAAAACCUGCUCCAAAACCAAUACAUACACCGCUCUUGGGCUUCAUUCCUAGAGAAUGUCCAACCAACCCAGUAAUUGAAAUUCUGCCUGUGAAGAACUGCACAAAUGAUACAGACUGCUGGCCUCGUAUCUGUUGUCCAGAUGGCCAACACAGCUACUGCCGAUCUACAGUGCCAGAGUGGGAGCGAGAUCCUUCAGGAUUUUAUCCAUUGAGAAGCAUGAUUCCUUAUCUCCAAUGUACCCCUCCCCCACCACUGCUCUUUGAUCUCUUCCCUAAACCUUGCAGAACUCCUAUUGAUUGCUUUCCGAACCUGUGCUGCCAGGAACAAGGCAAGAAAUUCUGCCGACCACCCAAGAAGUCACUGCUAGCUUUGAUUGCAACAGUUACACAGAGACUGGGACGAAGAUAACCAUCAAUAAAAAAUAAACAACCAUCAGAUUUAUUUUAAGUUUUUAUUUCUUCACUAAAGCCAUUACAUGAAAGAGUGAUAAUGUGAAAUACAUAUUAUAUCAGCUUUAAAUGAUUGAAAAAUACAACUUUUCUGCUGAUGUUCCAUGCUGAUGUUGUACAUCACUCUCUUCCAUAAAGUCUUCAAUGAAGAGUUACAUACUGCUCAGU